UAUAAGCGUAGAUGACUGCUUUGUGUUUCAGAGUGACAGAAACCUCAGACUUCUCAGACGUGCGCCGCGGGGGUGCACCAUGACUCCCGGCGGGACCCCAGAUGAAGAGUCCUGAGCAUGUGCAGGAUGACUGACCAGUACAACUGAAGCCCAGAAUGCCUGUGGUGCCGGCGGGCGGGGCAUCCACCCCGCACCACGUCGUACCCGUCACCCUCACCUGCUACUGGCUCAUCCUGCUCUUCCACGCUGCCUUUGGCCAGAAACCUGCAAAGCUUCCCUUGAUUAACCGCAAACCCUUCAUCGCCGCCUGGAACGCUCCGCUGGACAUGUGCACCAUCAAGUACAACAUCACCACCAAUCUCGGUCGUCUUUUUCACAUCCAAGGAAGCCCACGCGCUAACUGGAAAGGUCAGAAUGUUACCAUUUUCUACGCCAACCGGCUGGGCUACUACCCCUACUACACCCCUCAGGGCAAACCCGUGCACGGAGGCCUCCCCCAGAACUGCAGCCUGGACCUGCACCUGCUCAAGGCUUUCCAGGACAUCACUCACUUCAUCCCCGCAAAGGACUUCCGCGGCCUGGCCGUGAUCGACUGGGAGUUCUGGAGGCCUCAGUGGAGUCGUAACUGGCACAUGAAGGACAUCUAUCGGCGUAAGUCCAAGGACCUGACUAGGAAGGCGUACAUAAACGUCACAGCGGCUCAGGUGGAGGAGCUCGCGAGGCGACGGUUUGAGAAAAGUGCUAAAGCGUUCAUGCAGCGGACUAUCCAGUUAGGAACGCGGCUUCGCCCCAACGCUCUCUGGGGUUUCUACCUCUACCCUGACUGUCACAACUAUAACCUGCAUGGGGAGAACUACACUGGCCUCUGCCCCCUGCUGGAGAGGAUGAGGAACGACGAGCUGCUGUGGCUGUGGAACAGCAGCACGGCGCUGUUUCCCUCGGUGGCAUUCAGGAAAAGCAACACUGACAGCAUCCUCAACCUGCACUUUUCCCAGCACAGGAUCCGGGAAUCUCUCCGGAUCGCUUCACUGACCUCAAGGGACUAUGACCUUCCCACCUACGUGUACCUCAGGCUGGGCUACCGGGACGACGCUCUGGCCUUUCUCACCACAAAUGACUUGAUCCACAGCAUUGGCGAGAGCGCUGCUCUAGGAGCUGCAGGAUUUGUCAUCUGGGGCGACCUAAACUUGACUUCUUCCAGACACAACUGCAGCAUGGUGAAGUCUUUCUUGAGCCACCACCUGGGUCACUACAUCACCAACGUGACCCGGGCCGCAGAGGUCUGCAGCGACUUCCUGUGCCAGGGCAACGGCCGCUGCGUCCGCCGGGACCCGCUGGCCCACCAUUACCUCCAUCUGAGCGCUGACAGCUAUCAGAUCCAUCCCUCUGGAGACGGGGACUUCUCUAUCACUGGAUGGCACUCGCAGCACGAGCAAGAACUGCUGAGCGAGAGGUUUCGCUGCCACUGCUACGAGGGCCACGAAGGAGACUCUUGUGACAGCAUCAACAAAGUGAGGGAGGACGAUGAGCCGUGGAGGGAGGAGGAGGAGGACGAGGAGGAGGAGGAACAAGAAAGGAGGAGGACCGAGUGGGAGGACGAGCAGGGGGAACAAUGGGAGGGGAGAGAGAGCGGUGCACGGCCAACCAGCUCAGGGGCUGUUUGGAUCCUCCUCCUGCUUCUGUUGAACUUAUUGCUUUUAUAACUGUGAGAGAGGCAUCAAAUUAAAUGCAACUGUGGACUGACUUUAUCUGUCAACACUUAUCUAUGAUGUUGUUCUGUUUGAAGCGAGGUCCUCGUUGUUCACAUGACUCAGUGCACCACGAGCAUGACGAAUGUACUGUAACCUGAUCCUGAAGAAACAUCUCCAUCAUGAACCCAGCGCUAGGAUUAAUUAUGACUAAAACUAGACAGAAGCAUUCAGAUGAUAUGAAAUAUGUAUGUCCUGCUCCUAAGAACACAACAAACAACGAGUCAAAAAGCCUAAGAGAUUUGAUUAGCAACACAAAGGGGAGUUCAAGUUACUUUUUUUCAGAAUUUUCUGAACUUCUAAUUUUGAGAAAAUUAUUUUUAAAGCAUAACAAAAUGACCCCCUUUUUGUUUUUCCAGGUGAAGUAUUUUCACUAAUGGCCUGCUAAAUCCAAACAGCACAUUUUUUUUAUCCAUAAAUCAUGCAGAAAUGUAUCCUGGUCUUUUUGAUUACCUAAUUGACUAUAUUUACAGAGCUAUUUGGUCGGUGUCUACAGGACUGUCUCAGAAAAUUAGAAUAUUGUGAUAAAGUUCUUUAUUUUCUGUAAUGCAAUUAAAAAAACAAAAAUGUCAUACAUUCUGGAUUCAUUACAAAUCAACUGAAAUAUUUUAAGCCUUUUAUUAUUUUAAUAUUGCCGAUUAUGGCUUACAGUUUAAGAUUAAGAUUCCCAGAAUAUUCUAAUUUUAUGACAUAGGAUAUUUGAGUUUUCUUAAGCUGUAAGCCAUGAUCAGCAAUAUUAAAAUAAUAAUAUUUCAAUAUUUCAGUUGACUUGUAAUGAAUCCAGAAUGUAUGACAUUUUUGCAUUACAGAAAAUAAAGGACUUUAUCACAAUAUUCUAAUUUUCUGAGACAGUCCUGUACAACUGAAAUGUCAUGUCAUGGAGUUAAUAUUCCUUUAAGCAGAGAUACUUUGGCACAUAAUCCAGCUGUAUGUUUCUUUCUUUUUUUUUUUUUUAAUGGAGCAAACGGGGUGGUUUGCUGUUUCAGCCCAGUUUCCAGUAAAAUACACAUAACCAAACAUAGACCAAAAAUAUGUGUACGCUGGUCAUUUUUCACUUAAU